AUGAAUUAUAUCUUGGACCUCACAAAUCCGAAGGAUGUUUUGGAAAAUUUGAAAAAUCAGUACAUGUCCAAGAUGCUCAUGAAUAAAUUUUUCACGAAGCAGUGUCUCUAUAGCUUGGAGAUUGUGAAGGUUGACGAUGAGGAUAAAUACAUUAUUUUACGGUGCUACUUACCAAGCUCUUAUAAUCACUUGAUGACCACUCUCACAUAUGAGAAGGAAACAGUCAUGUUGGAUUCUACUUAUUUUACUCUUUUGAAGCAUGCACAAAAUUGCCAAAGUAUAGAGGAAGGUGGAGGAAGCUCAAGUGAAGGUUUGUCUGUGAAGGAAGGUCAAAGUCGUGGUAGAGGAAAGGCUAAGGUAGUGAGUUCUGGAAAGAAAAGGAGAUUCAAUUCCAAGGACAGAAAAACAACAAAAUAUUAUGGUUACAAGAAAAUUGGUCAUUGCAAGAGGGAUUGUCCAAACAAGUCAGGCAACAAUAGUUCAACAAAUGUAGUUCACAAUGAUGGUUUUUGUAGUGAAGAGGAUUUGAUUUGCAAUUCAUCUAUAAAUUAA